GUAUAUCCAACUCGCAACUUCGUUCAUACUUUGUUUUCACAAACUGGAUUCUCUUUUCCCAUUAAGUUCCACUACAUACUCUACUCGCUUAGCUCCAGACUUCAUGGAUUUACUGAAAGCAGCUGUAAAUACUUUCUUAGUCGUAGUUUUGGUUACUAUCUGCCCAUUUUUUGCAGGUUUUGUGUUUCAAUACUUAUGGAGGCCAUGGAUCAUUUACAGAGCUCUGCAAAAGCAGGGCUUCAAAGGUCAUCCUCCCCGAUUCAUGAUUGGCGACUUUGUGGAAAUUGGAAACUUGGUGCAGCAGCAGAUGCUUACUGAUUUGCCUUCCAUAAGCCAUGACAUCAGAAAUAGAAUUUUCCCUUAUAUAGUCAACUGGUCACAGAGAUAUGGAGAGAAAUUCGUUAUAUGGUUUGGUUAUGAGCCCAGAAUUGUUCUAACCGAUGCAGAGCUCAUCAGGGAUCUUCUUUCUUCCAAGUACUCUGCUGACUGCGGAAGGUCUCCAAUGAUUAUAAAGAUGCUUUCUGUGGGCUUGGGCAAUGGACUCUUCACUGUCAAUGGUCAAAGAUGGUCUCACCAGCGCAGAAUUGUGGCCCCUGCUUUUCAUAUGGAAAAGCUUAAAGCCUCUGUUGACAUCAUGUCCAUGUGUACAAAUCAAUUGGUAAAGGAAUGGAAUGAGAUUAUGAAGGAAGCUGCAGAGGGGCCUUGUGAAUUAGAGCUAACUGCUUUCCUGGACAGGCUUACUGCAGACAUUUUCAUGAGGAUCGGAUUUGGAAUGGACUACAGCAAAGGGGGAAAGGAAAUAUACGAGGACAUCAGGGGUUUAGAGGAGAUAAUGAACCACAAUAUUCAAUAUCUCUGGCUCCCAGGUUCCAGUUAUAUCCCCACACCCUCAAAUCUGGAGGCUUGGAAGCGGCGCAGAAGAUUGGAAAAUAGCUUGAAACAGAUUAUAGAGAAAAGAAAAGAGAGUGGGUCAUUUGGGGAUGAUCUUCUUGGCUUGAUACUCUCAGAAGUACAAAAUGUUUCUUCAGAUGAGAAGAAUUCCAGGUAUACAGAACAGCAAGUAAUAGAUGAGUGCAAAACAUUCUUCUUGGGAGGAAGAGAAACCACCAGUGUUCUGAUAACAUGGGCAAUACUCCUGUUGGCACUCAACCAGGAUUGGCAACAAAAAGCUCACGAAGAAGCAACUGCAAUCUGUGGAAACAAAAAUCCCACCAUGGAUUGUUUAGGAAAGCUCAAAAUUAUUGGGAUGAUACUGAACGAGACGCUGAGGUUGUACCCACCUGGAGUAGGUGUCGCCAGGCAGGCAUUCAAAGAAUUAAAAUUAAGAGAUGAUUUUAUAAUUCCCAAAGGUGUGAAUGUGGUGGGAGACAUAUUAGCAGUCAACAGGGACCCCAAAUACUGGGGAAGUGAUGCAAAUGAGUUCAGGCCAGAGCGUUUCAGAGAUGGAAUAAGCAAAGCUACAAACAAUCAUCCCUAUGCCUUCAUUCCAUUUUCUAGUGGGCCAAGAGUGUGCAUAGGCCAGAACUAUGCCUUAUUAGAAGCAAAGGUUUUAAUCACUAUGCUGGUGAAGAAGUUCAGAUUUAGUGUGAGCAGUGGGUACAGGCAUGCACCUGUAGCCUUCAUCACUCUCAAUCCUCAACAUGGGAUGCCGAUAAUGGUGGAAAGAAUUGAAUGCAAUGGGGAUUAGUCAAUAGUUGUUCGUAUGCCAUCGUCACCCAAGGUCCUUGUCCAGACCAGUCAUGUUUGACGAAAAACAUUUCUUUGUGUUUUUUUAACCCUGCUUUUAAAUGUAUCUCCAGUCUUUGAGUCGAGAGUUGAUUUUUCCCGUUAGUUUUACCCUUCUAUGUUAGAAUGGAUCUCGUCGACCCUCUGAGUUUGUUGUAUAUAUACUCUAUAGUUGUAUUUAAAUUUAUAAUGGUAUGUUAUCUUAUUUGUGGGAUGA